AUGGCAGACGUGACGGAGCUGAGAUGCUGGCCGUCUUGUGUUGACGCGCUUGACUGGUCGCAAGACAACAUCAUCGCGCUAGCUUCUGAUGAGCGUGUUGAACUUCUAUUCCCAAACACAGUAUCUUACGAGCGGGACAACGAAGUCCCACAGUGGCAGCAUGUUCCACUUCAAGUACCCUGGUUCUCCAAUGACGAACUGCCGGUCAAAGACACCGCGCCCUUGCCGAAUUACUCAAUUGGCGAAGAGAUAUCGCCGAGUGUGCCAACUGCGAUAGCCUGGUCACCGUCGGGUCUGGCUAAGCAUCGGCGAUGCGCUCUUGCUGUGCUCACUUCGAACCUCGUGCUCUCGAUCUGGUCAGCCGAAGGCAAGCUUCAAGCAGAAUCGAGCUGGAACCGGAGACUGCUGUUAAAUGAUGCCCUCGCCGAUUUCUUCUCUAAUAGUGUGACUGCCCAGACCAGUCGUGUCGCUUCCGAUGCUGAGGAGCAAACCCGACUGAGGACUCGCAUUCGAGCGUUCACAUGGGCACCGGCUCUUCCCAGCGCAUCCAAUACGAUGGGAACCCAGACAUCGUACGGCCAGGAGUACCUCGUCAUAGCAAAUGAUGACAACCAGCUCCUGUUUCUGGGUGUAGAUUCGCCGACGUCAACCCUCGGUUUAUCACAGAGUUGGAAAGCCACUGUGCUUACUCACAUGUCGCUUGAACUGGAGGAGGAUUGCAUAUUCACAGGCCCGCUGUUCUUUGAUGAUCUGAUGAAGCAGCAGAGAUUCAUUUCGCACGUCGCCUGGAGCCCUUGGCUUAUGCAACAUGACUGCUACCACUCUGUUGUCGUCUACGCUACCAAUGAAGAAGUGAGGGGACGGCUAGUCGUUCACAGUAACGAUCGCAUUACGUUGGGUGCCGAAGUUGUGUAUUCUGGGACGAGCCUACGACACAGUGGACCUAUAUCAUGGUGUCCAAGGAUCGACGAGGACGGCAAGCUUACACUGGCUUUGUUCACAAACUCAGGGUUAGUCUACCUGACUAUCUCGGGCAACGAUGCGUCAAUCGUGGAUGAGAUCUCGCACGAUCUCGACGGUCGUUGGGACCAGGUGUCAGGUGCGGUAUGGGACUACGAAAAACUUCCCUCGCCUCGUUUGCAUUUCAGCUCGUUGCUAUCGACAGUACAAUCUCCAACUGCUGUGUUGGAAAAGUCGUCCGGUGCUCUAGCGAGCGUCAAAGCUCCCAACUGGAAAGAGAAGAUCGAGAACAAUCUAGUUCUUUUCAGCGUCAAAAACGAUCUGAAGGGGCACAGCAAGACAAAAGUGUGGGGUCUCACACCUUCGCCGCUUGGAGACUUCAUCGCUGUAUGCAACAGUCUGCAUCCUUCGGACUCGAUUGAAUACGGUCCUCCAGCAGAUCGGCGCGGUACUGUUGCACUCAGCACCUUGCGGCAGUACAGCAAGAUCCGCGAGAGCUUUCCACUCCGGAACACAACUGCAGAGGGCAUACUCUUUUCGCUUAAAAAACUAGUGGAGAACACUGUCGAGGAUGCUGAUCAAAUACCUGCAUUCGCAGAAGAGGCAGUGGAUAAACUGGUACAGGCCUAUGGACCUAUCGCUGUCUCUGAAGAUGUUGCAAGUACAACUAUCGGAACAAGCGACUUGAAAGAGCUCGUCAAAAUAUUCAAGACGAUCACAUUGUUUGACGAGAACACACUAAGAGACCGUUACAGUGUAUUGGUGUCUUAUGCCUGCAACGACAUAUCCUCGAACGAGCUCCCGAGGUCGCUCAUCUCCUACCGACUUGCUACAGCGCUACAGAGAUUACCUUCUACGUUAUCGCAAACGUCAUUCAGCGCGGAGAUUUUAUUACAGCACAAACAACUGGUCGUCUUGAUCAACGAUCUUCUCUUCUCAGAUGGGGUCGCGAAAGCAGCGACCGAAGCAGCUGACGGGCAAAGGGGCCUGGUCGAGACAGAGGAAGUGGCAGAGGAACUUGCUUCUGGAACGGACGGCGGUGCCAUGGACACCGACACUACACCAGAAAACACUGCUCCAAGCUCACAUGACCAAGCUAUAGGUACCAAUGGGCUCGGGCUUGACUCUGCAGUUGCUGUAAGCGACUAUUGCGAUUUUUGCUCCGCACCUAUACCCUUCGCCGACUUGACAAUCGCGACGUGCAUGAACGGUCAUCAGUUCCCACGGUGUGGUAUAAGCUUGUUGGCGAUCCAAGCACCAGGCAUCACCAAGUACUGUGGUAUCUGUAGUACGCCAUUCUUGAGCGAGGAAUUCGUGCAGGCACAGGAAGUGCAGGAAGAAAUGCCAGAGCCUCCAGUAACGCUUUCAAGAGUGUUGUUUCAAGCUUGCGAUGUGUGCAUAUACUGCGGAGGGAAGUUUAUCGGUUGA